UUGCUGCCGAAAGCAAGCAGUCUUAAUAUAAAGUUAACGGAACAGGCUUUGAGCGGUUUUGCGCAAUUGUAAGUUAACGUAACUCGAGAUUGGAUUCCCAACUGGAGAGGUUUUGGACUGUUGCCAUCUCCCCCAAAGAACCAUGCUAUGAUGGUGCUGCGGCGGUUACUGAGGAAGCGCUGGGUGCUGGGGGUGGUCUUCGGACUGUCUCUGAUCUACUUUCUCACCAGUACACUCAAACAGGAGGAAAGAACAAUACGUGACCGCACUCUCUUGGAGGUUCGAGACUCCGAUCAUCGCAUCCCAUGGAAAGUCCGUUUUAAUCUGGGCAACAGCAGUCGGCAGAUCAUUCAGUGCAGAAACUCCAUCCAGGGCAAGACGCUACUCACUGAUGAACUUGGUUAUGUCUGUGAGAGGAAGGAUUUACUGGUGAACGGCUGUUGUAAUGUCAACGUUCCCAGCACCAGGCAGUACAUUUGUAAAAGCUGUCUGGCAAAUGGCUGCUGCAGCAUCUACGAGUACUGUGUGUCUUGCUGUCUUCAACCUGAUAAGCAACCUCUUCUGGAGCACUUCCUGAAUCGUGCAGCUGAAGGUUUCCAGAAUCUCUUCACUGCUGUGGAGGAUCAUUUUGAGCUGUGCCUGGCAAAGUGUCGAACCUCGUCACAGAGUGUUCAACAUGAGAACACGUACCGAAACCCACAAGCCAAGUACUGCUAUGGAGAGAGUCCUCCGGAGCUGCUACCUGUAUAAGUAAGGAGACAUAGGGACACAGCAGUGGGACACUGCAGCUCCCUGACUGUCUCUCCAGGGAGCAGAGACUCAUGUACAUUAACUUCGACCUUGGAUAAGUUUGCGCAAUUGAAGCAAAUAAUGGACAUUAUCCAAGACAUACAAAAAACAAAAACAUGGACAAGUACUGUUUACCAUUUCUUUAUUUACACUUCAUAAGUGCAUGGUGUGCUUCAUACAUUCAUCCGUGAUGAUCAUCAGGUCUAAGUCCCAGGCAGCUCAUCCAUCCAGUUAGGCUUCAUGUCAUUAAACA